UAAGAAUCGGUACUUAUUUGUCCGGAGCGAUUCCGGGCGACUAAUAUUCAACACGCGAAAAAAUCAAAUCCAUAAUCGCGGGUGGCUUCUCUUAGAGUGAUCGGUGUUUUUUUUCGUCGGACGAAGAGAGACCGUGAAUCGUUCGGGUCGGUUCGAGUCGGAAGUUCGAUUCUCGGAGUGUUGUUGCGUUCGGUUAUAGACGAGAAAUCGCGCUCGCGGCACGGGGGGAACGACACGCUGGCGGUGAAAUUCCGGUGGUCGGUGCGGUCGUUCGCGUUUGCCCCGCUUGCGGCACUCGUAAUCGUUAUUAUUAUUAUUAUUAUUAUUGUGAAAUGGUGCGUCGGUUUUCGUUCGGGACGAACCUAAUGGGAUCUGGUGGAGGAAAAGGGUGCGACGCGCUGUGACCCACUAUAAAUAUAGGGUUUGCCAUCGGGGUAGUGAGUGCCGUUUAUCGGAAGCGCGGUUUUUUUUUUCUCGAACGUGUACCGCCCUUUUGGAAAAUGAGGAUGCUCUGUCUGCCAUCGCUAACUCGAGGAAUUCGGAAACUAUGGUCCAAUUUCAAUACAGGGUGUCCCAAAUAGGUGGUGCCGUUUUGGCGAAUUCAUUUAAUAAAAUCUCAUGAUUUUCAAUUCAGAUAUCAAUUCUAGGACAAAAAAUAAGAUAAGGAGUCAGUGUACGUCCUUCAAGCGCUAAUCUAAUGACAUAUACAUCGCUAAACGUCGGCACUACCCAGCACCUCACAAAGCUGACGAAUUUUUGGUGAAACGAGCCGGACGACCACCGUACGCCGCCACGUCCGCAAGAUGAAAUCAAAAUGAUCUCGGCAAACGUCGACUAUAGUCCGAAGCUGGGCGCGAUGGCGACGACCGGGCCGGCGGACCCCGAGGACGGUCGCCGCCCUCGACACGCGAAACGUCGACGGACGCGACGGCGCCUCCCGCGGGACGACAACAUUACCGAACUGAACUGUGUCUGUGAUCGAAUCGAACAAGACUGCGACUCUAUUAGUUUUACGAUACUGUUAUCGAUAAGUAAAUUAUUCGUGUGCCUAAUAUUAUACGUCAAUCGACGGUCGAUGAUGAGACGACCGUGCCCGGCCAUUUUGUUCUCCGCCCUAAUCUUAACCACGCUUGGACGCGGCGCGAACUGUUACGCCGAGUUCGACAAAACCGAACGUUUUUUCGACAAGAUUAACCUCGAGCAAAGUAUCGCGGCGGUGUUCAACAAGGUAGCGUACGGCAGCACCACCAAACGCAGCAUACCGGACAACGCGUACCCGGUAACGACGCUGGCGACACCCCUGCUCACUACGUACCGCUACGCGGACGGUAACGGCGAGGAGUGGCGUCGCGUCGACGUCAAAGACGUUAACAAGGACACGUCCCGGGUGAACCUCGAGUUCGAGCAGCCGGACGUCGCGGACGCGGACAACAAUCGUCGCGACCUGGACGCUUACGGCGUCGACCUGGAGAAAGACCACGGCCUGCCGACCUCGGCCCCGGCCGCGGAUAUCUUGAAAAAUAACCACAACAAACAUUACGGCAACCCGAACCGUUACAACAAUGACCGGUUACGACCGGACGCCGAACACGUCACCGAGAACGUCUACAAGACGACCACCACUUAUAACCUGCUACGUAACGUCAGACCUACGAAGGCGAUGUACGGGGGCGGCAAAGCGUCGCCGUCGUACGUGCCUCCGAGUCGUGUGUUUUUCACGCCCGCGUUACCGAAGGCCCUCCAGAACCCGUUCGCGGAUAAACCGACGUUGCGCGGUACCAAUUCGGACAGGUUCGUGAACCGCAGACCGAUACCGCCCCCGUCGUUGAUGCCCGCCAAAGAUCGUAUUCCGUUUAGGCCCGAUUUGCCGAAAGUGAAUGCGGAAAAAGUACCGGAACGGUUGCCGCCGCCUCAGCCGCAACCGCCCCAACAACCGAAUCACCAAGAUGCGAAGAACGAAAAGAAAAAGAGCCUAAACACGCCGUCGCAGAACGUCAGGGUGGGAGAUUUCUACGGCGGCGCCAGGAACGUCAACGAAAGUAACUUCGAAUACGAAAAGUCGUACGUGCCGUCGAUAACGCGCAUACUGAGCGGUUCCAACGGACGUCACGAGGACAUAUCGGAUAUUUUACUGCGCACCGUUACCGCUACGCCUAACGCCGACCGGUUCGAGCCGAAGGUGACAAAGACUAGGGCGCCGGCGGCGGAACCGAGUCUGAAACGUCAAGAGCCGGAACCGCCGCCGGCGCCACCUCGCGAGUCGACGCCGAAACAAGAGGAAAUACCGCCGGAGCGGUCGGAAAGUGUUACGGUAAAGAAAGACGCGCAACCGCCCGCGCAGGUCCACGUGGAAGACGUGACCACUCAAAUGAGCGACAGUGUGAACUUGCCCAACGUUAAAGAGAAAGAAACGAACGUUACGGCGGCAGUGGUGGGCUCGGAUCAGAUCUGGACGGUGUGCUGGAACGUUCACGUAUACCUCGCGGUGGUCGGUUACAUCCUCCUGGCCGCUUUCUCGAUUUACAAGUUGAUCCGUUACGAAAAUGAUCCGCACAUGUUCUCCAAGAGCUACUUCCUCACCAUCCACUUAAUGCUGACAGUGAUAUGCGUUCUGCGCAUCUUUUACCUCAUCUACGACGCGUAUAAUGUACGCAAAUCGUUCAAUCCGUUCCUCUACGACUUUCUCCAUAGUUUCCCUCUGAGCUUGCUCGCUACUACGUUCGCCGUCCUCAUCUUGUUCCUCCUCAAACGCACCCUUACACAUUUGGAGGUCAAGACGCGUCCCGUGGUGUUGGUAGUCUUCGCCCUGCUUCACAUCGUGCUCUGUUUCGUGCUGAGCGUCGUCGAAACGCUUGGUCACCUCAAAAACGCGAACCUCACUAUCUGUAGACCGGUGUUCGUGCUUCUCGCUUGGGCGUUGGGUAUCAGUUACAUCUACCUCUAUCGAAUCAUUAAGAACGUGCUAGCGAAGAAGAGUCAAAACCUAUCGGAAAUGUGUACCCAAAACAUCUCGUACGCGAGUCACAUCACCAUAGCGGUGGCGCUGUUGUUUAACCUGCUGGGGCUCGUGCAGCUUUACGCGUUGUUUUUCAUCAAAGGCGACCGUUUCAGUAGCGAGUACCCCCACCACUGGAUACUGUGGAGUUUCGAGCUUUCAGUGCGCCUCAUCGAGAUAUCGAUCAUCACCCUACUCGCGAUAGUCGUCAGCCUAAGGAUGUCGCAACGGGAGAAACAGUCUGCCGGCGGGUUCCCAUUGUUCCCCUGCACCACCAGCGAUUCGAGUACGGACAACAUUUACCCCAACAAUUGUAACACGAACCCCAACGCAUUGAAUUACAGCCGUCAAGAAAUGGUUCUGGACAAUAUACCGGCGGAGACGGUGGAUAGACCGAACUUGUUAAAGAACGCGUUCCAAAACGACUCGUUCGACAAGAAGAGCACUCUCGAAAGGUACCAGAGCGACGGCGAGAGGAACAGCAACUUUGACAGGUUCGAGAGGCCCAAAUGGGGUUCGGACAGGUUCGAUUCGCGCCAAAAUAUCGAUCAGGGCAGCUUGAGCAAUUUCGGACAACCGAGUUCCGGCAACUUCGACCGCAAUUCGGUUCACAAUUCGAUGAGGAACGAGAGGUCGUCGGCCAGGAAGGCGACGAUGUUCGACCCGUCCAAGUUUUAUACGAACAACGAGGAUUAUCAGCAUGACGCGGUCUCGAACUCUGAAAGGAAUAUAUACAGCGAACCGAUAGAUAACCCGAACCAGCACCAGUACGAAAGGACGCGACACGAAUUCGAACGUUCGGACUUUGACAGACGUUCGCGCAAUUCGACGAACACUUCGGGACGUAGAUCGACGGGACGGGCGAGAAAAAACCACCCCAGGCCGCACUUGGGAGUGCAAACGUUGCCGAAUCACGAGAGGCAACAGACGAUGCUGGUGGACGAUCAGGGUUUCGUACGAUUCAAGGCGAUGAGAGACCAGAACCAUUAUAGCGACGCGUAAUGUUUAAUCCCGACAGGGCGAAAGUGCACAAGAGGCGAGAUUUUCUUGUAGGGCGCGGGGCGUCGCGGCGCGAUUUGAGACGAGAGCAUUUCGUUAUUCGACGUUUCUGGUCCUUCGAGCCGGAGCGAUUUAGUUGCCUUGAGUUUUGAAAUUAUUAAGAAAAAAAAAAGAAAAUCGGCGUUUUGUGUACUUUUCCUUGUUGCGCGUAGGGAAAUGUUUGUUCGUGGCCUAAGUGGGAACGGGGGCCGUCGGAAUUAGAAUCGUCCCGAUUUGAGGGUGAGGGGGCGUUUCGCCACCCGCCGCCGUUGUAAGUGAUAUAUUACAAAAAAAUACUCCGCAGUUUUGAAUGUUUAAAAAGCAACGUAAGGUUUCUUACGCACUAAUAAUUGUUUAGACUCUAGUAUUUAAUAUAUGGGAAGACAAAUAUUUCAAUUUACUGUAGAGAGCUGUGUAUAAAAUACGAGAGAAUGCAAAAAAAAGUGUAUAUAAUAAUGUUAAGUAUAUUAAUUUUAAUUUUUUAUAUAAUUUUAUACGUUACUUGUAAAGUACAGGGUGGCUCGCGUUUCGCAAGUAGGGGCAGCUAGCGAACUUUACGUAGGUUGAAGGAAACCCGACAACACUGCGCUGUUAAUCACUUGCCCUGUAUAACGUGAUUUUUUUUUUGGAUUCGUGUUUAGUUUUUAAAAAAUCGACUGAGAUAUUUUUCCGAAACUCCUAAUUAUUUUAUAUUGCGAACAAAAAUAUUCGCUUAACCGUCCGUGUUGGGGAAUUUUUAAUAUUGCCGCGUUAAACACAAACGUGGCACGAGUUAUUUAACGGUGCUUUUCUGGGACGGAGGAAUCUAUUCCAUGUAUUAAGAAUUACGUCAAAAUUAACUUUCAAAUAUCAAUAAAAAAUAAAUUACGAGAAACUAUGGGCAAAUAUAAUAAAAAAAAGCUUAAUCGAUAUUUCAUUCGAGAGUUUUUAGUGACAUUUGUAUAUAAAAAUAUAAAGUCAAUUACAGGACAGCAUAAGGAUUAUACAGGGCUAAUUCUUAAUUACAAUGGUCAAAGAUCCAAAAAAGGACGAGUAGUGGUGAAGAUUUUCAAAUAUAUACUAGGUGUCUCAAAUAAUAGUUUUUAAUAAAAAACAAACCUUAAUAAAAAUCUGCAAUCUUGAAGAAAUAAACGUUUUAAGUCGACCUGAAAUCUUUAACAUUUUUAUCAUUUCAAGCACUUUUAAAUGGUUCAUCCUCGAUAGCUGAACAUUGAUUAAUAAAACGUAUAAUUCGGAAAUCUUGCCAACAUACAACUGGAUCAACCUUCAUGAAAAAACUGAAAACACCAAACAAAGAUGUAUGUUUCAAAAAUCGGUACACAAUAAUCAGUUUUUUUUAUACCUCUGUGCGAAGGGUAAAUUUUUUAAAAAGAAAAAAAAUUCUCUUUUGAACUGUAUUUGUGCGGACUAUUUCCGAGGUUCGUGCUGAAGAAUUUAAUUAUGUCUCGACUUGAAGAUAAGAGAGCUUGGCCCGGUUUCGCGGUAGGGAAACUCCCGGCCCCGCCCUCUCGGCGUCCUCAAAACGAGUGAUUGUUACGAAAUUGUUCCUUUGGUUCCGUUGUUUUCCGCUUGCCGAGCGCUACUUGUCCGUUUGACAAAAGCGAGAAAUCGCGUCGAGUGGUGUGGGUCACCUCCUCCCUCCUCCAACUCGCCCCAUCUUCCUCGACGUCCCGACGAAAAUCCUAAUUUAUAUUUAUUACGUUGCCUUUUUCGAGUGGCUUUUUUUUUCGCCCAACCUACACGCCUGCAUUUUGUAAAUUGUUUGUAUAUAUGUAUUUAACGAUAUCUGCCAAUAUAAUCGACUUGCCAUUUUUGUUUGAGUUGUACACUCGUUUUUUAUUUUAUUUGGUACAGGGUGUUUUCAAAGUGCGUCCGAACUUUAUAUGUGUCAGCUGCCGGUUUCCUUCGGCUAGGUGUGAUCAACAAAGCAAUUGGAAAAUUGAAAAAAGAGUUUUAAAGUUAUUGGCGACCAUGUUACAUCGAAAACUUCUUGGGAAUUUUUGGAUGCCCGCUUAUAUUUUAGUUAGAAAAACAAAUGAAAACCAUUACUAAGGAUGCAGUCAGAUCAACAGGGUUGCCGCGUUUACAAUUUCCUGAAAAUGAAGGCAGCUAAAUAUUUGUAUCGCGUGUUUUUUACAUUUUUUAUUUUGUAACAGUCAUUUUAAACCAAUUCGUCGAACACCGACCGAACGGACAAAAGAUAUAUUAAGCCAGUUUAGAAACACCCUGUAUUAUUGUUUUACAGUAUUAUACCACCUAGAUUGACUCUGCAGUAUUUGUCAUAUCGCCAAGUACGUUUGAAUUGUCGCAAAUUUUGCUCGUUCAGCGAUGUUGAAACGACAUUUACAACACAAAAAUAACAAAUCAGCUUCAUUGUUGUCCGCUAAACGUGUGUUUUCCUAAAUAUUUUUUUAUCGAUACAUUCCUCGAUUGCAAUCCUAUACAGCGCGUUCGUUACCGUUGGGCCAUCUUUGUUUUUGUGAGGCACACGUCCAACAGCUAGUCAGCCAGCCCGUCCGGCCGACGAACGCACUGUAUAUCAUAUUAUAUCUUUACGGCAUAGCGUUGUUCCUAUAAACGUACUUAUAGCUUACUAUAACGAUUUUGAUUUGCCAGUAUUUUUUUACGUUUUCGAAUACGAACCACACACCCCCUCUUCUCUUCGUUCGGUGUCUACGCAAGUGAAACAAAAUAAAAAUAAUGUUUAAAAAAAAGGUUAUUAUUAAAAAUAAUGUGUAGGUAUGACGAUUUUUAAAAAAACGUUUUAAAAAUUGUGUACAUAUGAGACGGUUUGUAUCUUUUUAAAAGUCGCAUAUUUAUAUAAAA